GUGGGCACUAAGGGCCUGAUUCGGGGCCCUAUGGCCUGUAGAACCUCACCACUGGGGAGAAGGCUGGGCCGGACUGAGUCAUCACCUGUGGUGCCGGCCCCAUGAAUGAAGUGGAACGGAUGCCAAGACAACCCAAGGCCGAGGACCUCAGGGUUGGGCUCAUCAGCUGGGCGGGAUCCUACCUCACUUUUGAGACAUACAAGAAUACCGUCACUGCUACGGCAAAGGGUUUGGGCCGGAGACAGACCUGGGAGAUCCUAGUGAGCAAUAAGCAUGACACACAGGCUGUGGUACGACUAAGAGGCUUGCAGGGCUUCUACCUUCUGUGCGAGGCGGAUGGUUCUCUGUGCUAUGGCCGGCCAAGGACAAGCCAUCAUGGAUGCUUCCUAAUCCGCUUCCACCGCAGUGGCAAAUGGACCCUCCAGUGCAUCAUCAGUGGUCGUUAUCUGGAAUCUGAUGGCGAGGAUGUUUUCUGCACCUCCCGGGCCCUCUCAGCUUACCACAUGUGGACCCCCCGGCCAGCCCUGCACGUCCACGUGAUCCUCUACAGCCCCCUCAACCACUGCUAUGCCCGGGCUGACCCCACCAUGGGCCGAGUCUGGGUGGACGCACCAGUUCCCUGCCUGAAGGAAUGUGGCUUCCUGUUGCAUUUCCAAGAUGGAUGCUACCACCUGGAGACCUCUGCACACACCUUCUUGUCCCACUUAGACCGGCUGGUCUCCCAACCCUCAACACAGACAGCUUUCCACAUGCAAGUGCGGCCUGGAGGGCUUGUGGCUCUGAGUGAUGGAGAAGGAGGCAUGUUGUAUCCACAGGGCACACGCCUGCUCCUGAGCCUGGGCUCCAAUCCCCAUGGGGGCGAGGAGUGGCUCAUCCUACAGCACUGCCCUACCUGGGUCAGCCUCAGGUCCAAGACUCAGAAGUUUCUCUCCGUUGUCUACGACGUGGAGGUGUGUGCCGCCUCUGAGCACAUAACCCCAAUGUCCUUGUUCCAGUUUGAAUGUGACAACAAGAGCCCCACCUUGCAGCUUCGUUCAGCCAAUGGCUGCUACCUAGCCCAGAGGCGCCAUAGGAGAGUGAUGGCUGACGGGCACCAGCUGGAGUCUGAAACCUUCUUUCGUAUGCACUGGAAUUGUGGCAGGAUCAUCCUGCAGUCUCCCAGUGGACGCUUCUUGGGCAUCGCAGCCAAUGGCCUGCUGAUGGCCAGUGCCACCAUUCCAGGCCCAAAUGAGGAAUUUGGGAUUCGAUUAGCCAACCGCCCCUUCCUCGCCUUGAGGGGACGGUAUGGGUAUGUGGGCACCUCGUCGGAACACGACCUCCUGCAGUGCAAUAUGGAUCAGCCCGACUGCAUUCACCUGCUGCCCUGCCGCCAGGGCAUCUACCACUUCCAGGCACAAGGUGGAUCCUUCUGGUCAAUAACAUCCUUUGGCACUUUUCGCCCUUGGGGAAAGUUUGCCCUCAACUUCGGUAUAGAGCUUCAGGGCAGCAACUUGCUCACGGUGCUGGCACCCAAUGGCUUCUACAUGCGAUCUGACCGAAGUGGCACCCUGUUGGCAGACAGCGAAGACAUUACCAAGGAGUGUAUUUGGGAAUUCUAGGUCAAUGGGAUGCCACCUACCAAAAUCCAAAUCCUCCAGGAGAAACUACUACACUAAACCAAACAGGAACCCCAGAGUCAAGAUCCAUGAGAAGAAUAUCUGUUGCACAACAUUUCCUACCCAGUUUAGCAAAACACCUGUUUCAAGCAACAAUACAUCACAAAAGGCCACCCC